AUGGCAAUCUCCGGUUAUAUUCUUGGAUGGAAGAUUCGCAGUCAUGGAGAUCUGUUUGGCAAGCUGUCGAGAAUCAAUGCAAGGUCUUUGCUACUUGUGGUGAACGUGGUGUCUGUGUCUUCAAUGCUUCAGGAUUGUGGUUCUCUUACCGAAAUGAAAAUGUACAAGAACUUGUAUCUAUAUGGAAUUUAUCCUCUUGACGAUUUGAUUGUCACAAGUAGUUUGCAGCAAUGUGUACAGUUGUGCCAGAAUGACUCCGAGUGUACAGUUGCAACCUUUUCGAACAUCGGUAGUCCACAAUGUUCCAUAAGGAAAACAAAAUACAUAACUAGCUAUCAAGUUCCAUCUCUAACCUCAAUAUCAUUUGUUAGGAGUUGCUCAGAUCCAGUUGGUGUAAAUCUCAGUUUCACUAUGUCACCUCCAUCAGAACCGUCUCCUCACAGGCAUUGUGUUCCUUGCUUGAUAGGAGCAGCCUCAGGAACAUUUGUCAUUGUUGGUUUUGUCCAGCUGGGAAUUGUUUUCUUCAUAUGUAGACGGAAAAAUUCUACUAUGAGAAGAGUCACACUAGCAUUCACAUUCCCCUUUCCUUUUCACCGGUUCUCCUUCAACCUCUCUUGCCGCGCACCAUCUUCAACGAAGAACAACACCCGCAAUCGGUACUUUCUCUUCUACUUUUUUAAUGUUGUUUGUUUCAUAUUGUGA